AACUCAACUCCCGCCGCAGCAUUGCGCAGAUAAGUACUACAGCCUGAUAACAUCGCUUAGGAAGCUAAUCAGAAGCGAAAUAAGCAAUACUGACGUCCCGCCACCUUGAAGAGUCGGUUUCGCUAACUGCGGGUCUGUUCGAGUUCAGCGAAAUCAAAAAAAGUUCUGUUUCUCUCUGCUUCGAGAUUGAAUUAACAGAAAACCUCCCUUGGGUGGGACGUAAGUGAAAUGCAAGGAAUUUUAGUGAUUAUUCUGCUCUAUUUUACUGCUACGACUUUCGCGAGCACUGGCCUUCGCUUUUCAACGAACGAUCGAACGGCCUUUGCUAGAUUCAAGGGAUGGAAUGCUAAGACAAACGGCACGCUUCAAUUCCAUUUCAAAACGCGCAAGGAAAAUAGCUUCCUCAUCUAUGAGGACGACAACGGGCAAUGUCAGUAUUUUUAUCUGUCUCUGCUCGAGGAAAGACUCAGUUUAAGUUUAAAAAUGGGAAACUGUGAGAAAACACAGACUCUUCUUGUUGGACAUAAACUCGCCGACGGAAAAUGGCAUGAAGUAAUUGUCCAAAGAAACUUCUCUGAAACGCGUGUAACAGUGGAUGGCCUUUUCACCAAUAGCACAUACUACAGGGGAAUUGAUCAGUUUUUUAGAGUUAAAAGUGACUUAUAUGUUGGUGGUAUUUCGUCUUACACACAGUUCAAAGAUCUUUCUUUCCCAGCUAUAAAGUACGAAAGCAUUGUGAACAGGUAAGAUUGUCACGAGCAAAUUGCAAAUGAAAGUUUGUAUAACGCGAUUUGUCCUUUUUUAACAUUUUUAGACCCUUCAAAAUUUAUUUAAUCUUUACACCUAUUUGUAAAAGAAUUUUUCGCAAUAAGGUUUAAAAACAAAAAUGAUCAUUUGGGAAAAAAACGAAAUGAUGUUAAGUAAACAACAGCUGCAUCGAAAUCUUCUCAAAAAGCCAAAUCAGUUGAAUUAGUUUCUUUCUUUACUUCUUUUUAAUGAGGAAGGGGAUACGCCAUUAAUUAACGCAAAACAAGGCGAUCAAAAAUCUGACAUGUUUCUAUCAACCCACAGAACGUUGUUACUUUUCAGAGUUUAAUGUGCAAAUCAUCAUUUUUCUUCUUAGAAAGAAUCAAAGGCAUUCCACAGGAAAGUACGCAUACAUUAUUUAUUUUUGGAAAUGAAAUCCAGCCUCCCUGAUGAAUAAUGCACUGUUCUUCUGCAAAAAUUCCUUGAUGAAUACAAAAUAAAGCCUUAAAUAAAAUUGUUCAUCUUAAAGACAUUCUAUCUUCACAUUUUUCAUAAAGGAUGGCCAAAGCUAACCAGAGUCCAGGCAAUGGCUAAAAGAUUUCAUUGUAAAGACUUGAUUUUUAGAGUGAACAGAGUGUACAGAGAGUUUGUACCCUCGCUUUAUUUAAUUCACUGCUUUUUUCCCCACAGUUUUAACGGCUGCAUAAGCGGGAUCACAUACAGUAAUGGAAGGAGUCCUUUGAGAGAAGCACGGUUGAAAGAAGCUUCUGGAACAACGCAAGGUUGUUUGGAUCCUUGCUCUCAACCUGAUCAGUGCUUAAAUGGCGGCAAAUGUCAUAAGAACGUCAGUGGAGUGUGGUGUGAUUGCAAGGGAACUGGGUACGAAGGACAGAAAUGCGAAGAAGGUAGGUACCAGUCUUCCCCAGUUUAGAUUGAAGCGAAAUAAAUUGAAAUAUGUCAGAUAACCUGCAAUUUUUAAAACUUUUCCUUCUUGGAAGCUAAUUAGUGGCAUUACAGUUUUUAAACCAAAGACUGAAACCUGAUGCCCUUCACAAAAUUAACAGGAGGUUGUCUCGUGGGUCAAUCCAUAUCACAGAGAAAAUUCAAGCCAAAUUAGGCGACAGACGGAUCGCAAUUUUUUUUUAAAUAUGCGAACUCAAUUCAAAAAUGAAGAUUGUCAGCUGUGCUUCUCGGACAGUUCAGUUAUCAUUUAAAGUUUCAAUAAUGCUAUUUUAUUCCCCCGUUGUCUUUUUUCUGAGUCAUAAUUACAAAGCAAUCUUUUAUAAACAUGAUUAUUCCUGUCUUGGUCUGCAAAAAUGCAAAGCUUUCCUCCUGAUUAUUUGAGAAAGAACAAUAGAGAUUUCGAAUAUUUAUUUCAAAGUGAUUUUUGCUCUGUGUUUAGGAAAUCCUAAUCAGUUCAUAGGAAAAGUUGAAAGGCGUUUCCUCCGACAGAUGAGAAACCACAAACCACGUGGUUGGUUUCUUCUCAGACCUCAAAUGACACUUUAAGCUAACCUUGGCUAAUAUCCUUGUAAUCUAGCGCUAACAACAAUCAACUUUUCAUUUCUUUUCCAAACGAUGUUGAAAGAAAAAACGUGACCUAAGAAUUCAAGAAUCGAAACUUAAUGGGCCUAAAUUAAGCAGGUUUCCUUGUAAGAUUGACAAAAAAAGGGGUUAUUAGUUUAUUGUACUGAAACGUUCAUCGAAGUUCUCAUAAUAUGAAAUCACUUUCAGCGUUCGAUUCAUAAUCGGAGACUUGCAAGAGAUCUUUUAUCGCCAUCAACUAUAACAGCAUUCAGUUAUAUUUUCAUAUGAAAUUAUUCAAGUUCAUUAUCUUUCUUUUUGUUAUGAUUACAACACUUUUCGUGGCUAGUUAUUGAGUCUACAAACACUACUACGCUGAUCCAGCCUAUGUUUCAGUUCUCAAGCUGAUCACUGACCCAAUUAUUAGUUCGCCUGAUAGAAAAAGUCCGUCAAAAAGAAAAAAAUCUGCUCCACUUGGCUAGUUUCCGUUUUUGUCUUUUGUGGGAUUACUUUGUCUUUUCUUUCUUUUAUUUUUUUGCUUGACCAGUUGAUGUCUGUGUAAAACGGAACCAAGUUGUCCAUUACUUUUAGGGCCUUGUUGACACUACCUGAGCCAAUCCGGUUAAUCGCGCUGGCCCUCUUUAUCAGGCUGGCUUGGGUUAUUUUUCCUUGUAAAAUUGUCGUUGUAAUCAUAUAUAUGGGGAGAACGUCAAGUUCGCACCGGCCAGCCCUGGAAAGCGGGGCAGAUGGGCGUUUUUUAAACAGCUCCCUCCAGACUCUUGAUGGCAACAUUUCAAUUAUUGUUGUUCACAAGAGAUAAAAGUCUGAGCAAGAGUGGGUAACAAAAACGUUGGUAAGGUUUGGGGUUGAAGAAGAGGGGUGCUUAACCCAAUAAUCAUGAAAUCAAAUUUAAAAAAUUGAAAUAAUGAAGAACAUUUGCUUUAUAAUUUUAGAGGCGACAUCUAUUUGGCUGAAUGGAAGUAGUUACAUAGUCUUUACCCUGGACCCCAAAGAGGAGAAGUCACAUUCAAAGUACACUUACGUGGCGUUUAGUCUGAGGACAAAAACCCCAAACGGAGUUAUUUUCAGUCUCCGGUUGUCUGAUAAAUAUCUGUUAAUAGAGAUGGUCCAUGGAAAGUUGAGAGUAGAGUAUUUGAACUUAGGACAAGGUAAGGUAAAUAUGGAUUGAAUAAUCCCCGUUUUUGUCCGGCAUGGUGUUGGUAAGGUUUGUCCUUGUUUUGGGCUAGUUAGAACCUUUGCUAGCUGAUAUGCCUUCUUGUCAUUGUUCUUAAAUAUUCACACACUCCUAUUUCUCGUCGGGCGAGUGCUUCCAUUUCAAGCUCAAAUGAGGGUAUCUUUAUUUGAGGAUCAGUUUACGUUAUGAUGGAUGCCUUUAUAAUACGAGCAGCAAGCCCUGUAACCUGGUCAGAAGGAGUGAAAAUCACGUACGAAAAACCUCCCAAAAUAGUAUCGAGGGGUGAGACGAUGAAUGUUCCUAUUCAUAAUAGGCUUUUGCUUUGGGGUUCGUUUGUUUAACCCCCCCCCCCCCCCGAUUUUUUCUCCUAUCUUGGUCUAGUCCCAUCGCCUUCUCGCUCGCGGACUCGCAUGUCCCGUAACUCAUCUCUUGAGUCCCAGGCCUUUGUUAUGCGAGCGUCCAUUGGGAAUAGAUUACUAUGUCCUUUGCUGUCUUGCUCAGUUAGGUUUGCUCUAUGCAAUCUAAUUAGUUACUCUUGAGUGGAAAAGCCUUGAAUGUCGUUGUGAAUUUACAAUUUUUCUUGUAAAAUCGGUCGUUCAAAAAUGUUUUCUGAUGAACUUUUAGUCUGGAUUUUUUUGGAUAGCAUUCUGUUUUCACUCAGGCCUAAAUAACUUUUGUUUUAAAAUAUGCUUAUAAUCAGUCGCCUGUUUUUCUCACCUGAGUGCUGGCGAAUGAUUUCUGAAUUAUACAACUCAGUUCGCGGUCGAUUCUUUGACUUCUUUGGAAGCCCGAGCUUUUUUUCACCUUUUCUUGCUUAGUGUGUAUGUUUUCUCCUCAAAUUUUUUUGGACUAUCUUAAUAUAAGCUUCAUAUCUUCUUAUAUUAAACCAAAGCAAUUUUAAGUUAAAACUCAUAAGCUCUGGUGAUUGUUACAUUAUAACUGAAAUUAUAUUGCGUUUUUAAUUUAAAACGGUGUAAAGUUAACAUUUUUUGGCUCUGUGCACAUAAACUUAAGUUAAGAGUAAAAUGAAAGUUAAAUAGAUUUGUAAAUUCCCUUGCUGUGGGAUCGUUUCUUGUUUCAAGUAAACGAUUCAGCUUAAAUGGAUGCUCCACUUGUAUGUUUGCCUGAGUGUUUAUAUUUAUUUAUUAAAACUAUUUAAAUAUGUUCAUUUGUCGCCACUUUAGAAACGAGAAGGAACUAGGACGAGUUGGCUUUCUUAAAGUCUUCUUGGAUCGCUACCGGGGACACGCUAUUCAGCUAUUGGCCAAUUUGAUUGCCCUGUGCUUAGUAACAAUCUCAGAGGUCUUUGAGAACGUUAACUUGUCCCAGUUUCUGCUCGUUUCUAAAGUGUACAUAGAAAUAAAAUUCUUUCCCUUUGUCUCUAGACGAGCUGGUUUUCAAUGGAAAUAAUGUACACCUUGAUGAUAGCAAGUGGCAUUGGAUCGAGUUUAACAAGAUUGGUCGCGCAGUCACGUUAAAAGUCGACGGAAAAACUUUACCUUAUGUCAAAAAUCCAGGAAAGAGUUUUCAACUGAACGUCGAGGACCAGAAGAAUAAAGCGUAUUUGGGUGGCGGACCAACGGGAGCCAUCGGAACAUUGCACACAAAAAUGAAUUUCUCCGGACAAUUAAGAGAGUUUUACUAUGGAGACAUGGAGCUAUUGGAGUAUGUUGUACCUACAAUAAGAAGCAAACAAUUUGCGAUAGUUGGGACAGUGAUUGAUGGCACCACAAUAAUAGAGACAAGCGGGUCGGGAUGUGAUCCAUUUGAUGAUGAUGAGGAUUCAAGCUGUGCGCCACCUGAUCCGUCAACUCAUUCGACAGGUAAAUUAUACAGUGGAACCCAACUCUAAGGACAACCGCAUAUAACGGACAGUUUUGUUUGUCCCGAAGAUAAACUCAUAUAUUCUCUCUAAAAUUAGCCCACUAAGUACUGACACCGGUUAAUAGGGACAACGAACCCUUUUUUAUGUCACGAGUCACAUAAUCGCAUACUUCGUCAACUUCUCUUUACGGACACUGAGUGUCUGCGCAAGGACCAUGACUGAAUAUCUUACCAGUGAAAACCUAGCACGCAGAAACAGCGAAUGACCUUUCAAACGUUCUAUAUAGUGUUCAAUCCACCUGGCUGAGUCGCAAACUAAAAGCGCCAGUGCAAAGUUAAGUCAUGGAAUUGUUGUAUUUCAAGACAAAUAAUUGAAAGGCAGUUUUAGUCCGAGAAAAUCAUGAUAGAUGGUGGUGAGGUUUCAACUCGUAAAUGUUAAGGACAAAACAACUUUCCCUCUUAAAAAUGUCUGCUUUAGUCUUUAACAUUAACAUUUUUUCUCUUUUUCCAAGAUGAUAUAUUGUCGUCAACAAGUGAACCAACUUCGGAUUCAGACUACCCUCCUACUGUUGCUCAGGCCUAA